CCAGCCUCAGCCCCAGCUCGAGCCCGUCCUCCCAGCCCGCGGCCGAACCCGAGCCUGCGCCCGCGGCGCGCGCGCCCGGGUCCUGUGGCCGCGCCCUGGCGGCGGCGCGCGCGCUGGCCUGGCGGCCGUCUUGGAGGCCCAUCUGGAGGCCGAGCUGGCCCGGCAGGCAUUGCGCGGGCAAUAUGGCGGCGCCCGGCGAGCGGGGGCGCUUCUACGGCGGGAACCUCUUCUCGUUUCUGCCCGGCGGCGCGCGCUCCGAGGUGAUGGACGACCUAGUGACGGACGCGCGCGGCCGGGGCGCGGGGCGGAGAGAUGCCGCUGCCUCGGCCCCGACGCCAGCCCCGGCGCCGACCUCCGAUUCUCAGGUCGCCGAGGAGGACACGUCCCGGAGGCGGCCCUGCCGGGCCUGCGUGGACUUCAAGACGUGGAUGCGGACGCAGCAGAAGCGGGACAGCAAGUUUAGGGAAGAUUGCCCUCCCGAUCGCGAGGAACUGGGCCGCCACAGCUGGGCUGUCCUCCACACCCUGGCUGCCUACUACCCCGAUCUGCCGACCCCAGAACAGCAGCAAGACAUGGCUCAGUUCAUACAUUUAUUUUCCAAGUUUUACCCGUGUGAGGAGUGUGCCGAAGACAUAAGGAAGAGGAUAUGCAGGAACCAGCCAGACACGCGCACCCGGGCGUGCUUCACCCAGUGGCUGUGCCGCCUGCACAAUGAAGUGAACCGCAAGCUAGGCAAGCCGGACUUUGACUGCUCGCAAGUGGACGAGCGCUGGCGUGACGGCUGGAAGGAUGGGUCCUGCGACUAGACGGUGGCCGGCAGAGCCAUGGGACAGCAGCCUGGGCCUGCGGGCAGCCUGGCCAGAGAGGGGCGGGGCACUCAUUAAAGUGCAUCGGAGCCACA